AUGGUGGCACAGUCUGUGCAUCUGCCAAAUGGACAAACACUUUCAGUAAGUCCUGUAUUUGGUGGAUACACCUUCAGAUCAAACCAGCUCGACCUACAUCAUUCAGCUUUCCCACCCGGGUGGACUGUUAUACUGGAAACUGAAGAUGAGAUCGACGAGACGGAUGAGCGCCUGCGCAGACGCAGCAAGAUGUCAUUGUACCGCGAUGGAACAGAUGAAUCCUCCUCAAAGCACACCAUUACACACCGCUUCACACGGCCAACACUCCAAAAUGACUCCCUGUUUCUGUCUUCGAUCUCCAUACCCUCAAAUUCCGAUUUCAAAAUGAGCCAUUCGCCCACCAGACAGAUAGCUCUGAUGCUCUGGUCAACGUUGUACUGGUACUUUCACAAAGAGCCACCAAGUCCACACGUUAUGACCGAAGCAUCAUCUCUCACGCCGGAGGCUGGUAGGCCAAAAGCUGAUUGGCGGAUAAGAAUCAAACGAGAAGGUAUUCUGAAAGGCAAGAAUCUGAUGCAGAAGCUGGAGCGCAUGGGCUUGGUAGCCAGCGAGGAUUCCUCCGUAGGCACGGACACCAAUAUCAAAGACCCAGCCGGCUGGAAUGAGAUUUUCGUAAGCAGACGAUCAUUCUGGCAGAUUGAUCCACGGAUCUUUCUUUUCACUCUCUCGCCUGUCAACCAUUCACCUGUCCCGGCCGCCUCCCCAUUUCCGUCAAGGCCGACCUCACCUGCGAGAGAUGGCCAGGGCUCACCACGUAAUGAGACGGCAUCAUCCUAUUCUGAUGGGCCUACUGCAGGUAUCUCUUCGCCCGGGGGCCCGUUCAACUCUAGCAGCAAUUUACCUACCUACUAUCCUCCUCCGCCGACUCAAUUCAUCUUUUCAAAUCACAUACGGCAUCCAAUUCGACCUAAACCACCGCGACAAGGGGAGACUUUCUACACACGCUACAUACCAAGCGUUGAUCAGUACCUGUCGUUCCGCAUUCCCACACUCUCAAAGAAACCCUGUCCACAAUUCAGCCCUAUGGGUGUAAGUGCACCAGGCGUGCUCCCGUCGCACCCAGGCGCUGCUGCGGCCAUGACUUUGCCGACCCUGGCGAGCUUUGCCGAGCGCUCUUGUGACGUCGAUAUUCUGCACAAGUGGAUGAAUGAGCCUCGGGUGAACGCGGCAUGGGGCUGUGCAGGUCCAGUAUACACGCAGCAGAAGUUUCUGGAGGAUGGAAUGUCAAGCACGCAUUCCUUCCCUGCUUUCGGCUGCUGGGACGGCAAGCCCUUUGGAUAUUUUGAGAUCUACUGGGUUAAAGAGGACAAGCUUGGCAGACUUCUUGGCGGCCAUGUUGGGGAUUACGUACGAGGCAUUCAUGUGUUGGUGGGAGAGCAAGAGUACAGAGGAGCGCAUCGAGUCAAAAUCUGGUUGGAUGCGCUUGUCCACUACUGCUGGUUGGCUGAUCCGCGAACGGAGACAGUAAUGCUGGAGCCUAGGGUGGACAAUGAUAAGUUUAUAAACUACCUCAAAGGCUCCGGCUUUUACAAGCAGAGCGAAGUGACGUUUCCGCACAAGCAGUCAGCGGUCAUGAAGAUUGACCGUGAAGCCUGGGAAGCACCCACCCUAUGA